AUGUCAGCCGACGAGAAUAACCUACACCAUCCUACACUAAGGCGGACCUUGCGUGGUGAACCUUCAGCAUCGACAAUCCAGUUUCGCAACCUCAAAUACGCAUCAAUACCAGCAAGAUAUCAAGAACCGAUUCCUGAUGAUAAACUAGAGGUUGGGAAGGACGGAGUCUACGAUGCUACCCAGUUCGGUUCGUCAUGUCCACAAUUGCAUGGAGCUCAAGCAUGGGAUUUGACCUUGAUCGGAGACGCUGUCUUACCUUGCGGCCAUGGUCAAGGGAAAACAGAAAGUAUGAACGAAUUUGAUUGCUUGAAUGUGAUUGUCACAGUUCCAAAGGGUAUUCAGAGCAAUGAACAGAGCAGAAGACGAGGGCUACCAGUAUUUGUGUGGGUACAUGGAGGCGGUCUCAGCAUCGGAUCGAACAGCUGGCCACAGUAUGAUCUACGCCGUUUGGUCGAGCGAGGUGCAGAAACUGACAAACCCUUCAUUGGUGUCUCGAUGGACUAUCGACUAAACAUCUUCGGCUUCCUCGCUAGCGAUGAGAUUGGCGCAGCCGGCAAUAUGGGCUACAAAGAUCAGGUACUAGCUUUCAGAUGGGUGAAAAAGCACAUUGCUGGGUUCGGAGGGGAUUCCAACAACAUCACUGCUGCAGGCGAGUCGGCGGGAGCGAUAUCACUAUCGACUCUACUCUGCGCCAAUGUCGGGCAAGAGGGACUCUUUGACCGGGUUAUCAUCAUGAGUGGGGAAGCCACAUUGCGUAAAUGGAGGAACAGAUGGUGGCAACAGAAGAUGUACGAGGAUCAGUCUACCUAUCUUAAAUUGGAUGUCAAGGACACCGAGAGCAGAAAAAAGAUCCUAUUGGACACCGAUGCGGAACAGUUGGCUCAGAAGCUACCCUUAGCUCAGCAAUUCGCUGCGACAGUCGACGGCCGAUUCAUAAAGCGUGAAGUCACGAUCGAGACGAUAAUGGAUGGAUCAAGCGCUAUACAUAAGCCAGCCUGGUGCAAAGAAUUCGUAAUAGGGGACACAGAGCACGAUGGCCUCAUCGUUAUCGGGCGACUCCUUGCUCAACCCGAUAGCCAUGGGCGUCUUAGGAAGGCAUGUCAAACUCAUCUGUCAGCGGCUGAGACGCACGAACUGUUGAAGGCAUAUCGUCUUGAUGGCGAGUUUCCCAGGAAAGACAAAGAGGACCGCAUGUUAAUACUUGGAUCUGAAUUACGCUUCUAUCUGCCUGCGUUGGCUGCGUACCGAGGAUGGAAAGCUUGCUCACCACCAAGACCUGCUUCACGAUACCACUUCCACGUCCCUAACCCAAUAGAGGGCCCCCACAAAGGCCUUGCAGCUCACGAGCUCGACGUCGCGUAUCUCCUGCAGAACUUUGACCCCCACUUCAGUGAUAAAGAUCGAAAGAUAGCACGAGCCAUACAAGACCAGUUCAUCAAAUAUGUUCAUGGCGAAGGGUGGGUUGAGAAGGGUAAGAUGGUAGUAUUCGACAAAGACGGUUCAGUUGAAGUAGACGACGAUAGAUACGACGAGAUGUAUCGCAGUGGAAGAGGAGCAUUACUGGAGAGUAUUGGGAUGCAAAAGUUAUGGCGUGUCGCAGAAAUGUGGCAAGGUGUGCGUCAGGAAGAAGAAGAACAGUACCUUAGUUCCUCUGGCGAUUCAAAGCUAUGA